AUGCUCGCUACCAAGCGCCCACGUCGCGCUGUCUCGACCGAAGACUCACUGGACCCGCGCGUUAUGACGGAGAGACAACAAUUGGCGUUCCUUUUACGUGCUACGGCGCCAUCUGAUUCUUCCGAGAGUUCAAGUAGCUGCUCUAGUUCCUCCAGUGACGAUGACGAAGACGAAGAAGACGAACCACCACGUCGACGACGUGUAGUAAAACGCAGCAAGACGCAUGAUUCUCGAACUAGUGGCUCAAUGGGGAAGACGCCACUGGACGCUCCUCCUGUCAUUUAUUGCGGUCGUGGCCGACCACCUAAGAAUUCAAUUAAGUUGCCAAGGAAUACCCAGCAUCCUUAUACUCGACCCGUAAGAAUGUCGCCAAGGAGUCAUAAUGCACGGGCCCCGGACGCCGCGAUGGCUGCUGCUGUAGCUGCAAGUCUAAAAGCUAAGAAGUUAGCGACUAGUCGAGCAGUAAAAGCGGAAAGGAAAGAAAGAGCCAUUCCCGUGAAGCAGGAGAAGACCAGUCCGUCCAAUGCUUGUGAUGUAGCCAUGCUGAAUAACUCGGCCGGAGCGCUACUUUGUGCGCUGUGCUGUGACCUGGAGCCGCUCUGCGAUGCGCCGCUGUUCCUGUGCCCGGCAUGCGAUCAAAAGUACCCGACGCAGCGAACGCUCGGUCGUGUCUGUAUGACAUAG